AUGAUGGCCACGAGCAGCGGUGUGAUGAAGAGCUUGUCUCUGUGGAUUAUUUUCCUCCUCGGCUCCGGUGUCUGCGCCAGGAAGCAACGAGAUGAUACUGAUGAUGAUGAGUCCUGGUCGGAGAGUGUUUCCAGGGCGAGGUGCGCGUCUCGGUGCCUCAGUCUGCACAGUAUAGCUGCGCUCUCCUCACCGAUGCAGAAUAAUGGAUCCUUGGGCUGGUGUCAUAAUCAUAAACAGUGCGCAAAGUGCUUAGAGCCCUGCAAAGAUUCCUGGGUGAUGAAGAAGAAAAGCAAUUGCAGAGAGCUGUGUGAGCGGGUGUUUCCCAAGAAGCACUGGGAGUGCGUGACCAGCUGUGAGUUCCUUCAGUCAGUGUUGGCGGUGAAGCAGGGCAGCUGUCCACCUCCAGAGAAAGCCAGCGGCUUCGCGGCCGCCUGCGUGGAGAGCUGCGAUCACGACCGAGAAUGUUCAGCUCAGAAGAAAUGCUGCUCCAACGGCUGCGGACACACGUGUCAGUCUCCGAAAGACCUCUACAAGGGUGCUCCUCUGAAGCCGAGGAAGGAGCUAGGCUUUGAAGAACUCUCCUCUGGUCAGCUGGAGGUUCGUUGGUCCUCCCGCUUCAACAUCUCAGCCGAGCCCGUGGUCAACGUCCUGCAGAGGAGGUGGAACUUUGGCAUCCAGCCCAGCGAGGAUACCGCCACCUCCUGGCAGGUGGUUGCACAGACCACAGAGCAGGGAGCCAGGCUGACUGACAUCCGACCGGGCCGCUGGUACCAGUUCAGAGUGUCAGCUGUCAACACCCACGGGACCAGAGGUUUCACCACACCCAGCAGACACAUCCACUCCAGCAGAGACCCCUCCAGUCCCCCUGCUCCCACUGAGCUGAGGGUGACCAACAUGACCUUCGGCCCCGGCAGGACGGUGUCGGCCCAGCUUCAGUGGAGCAUGCUCGCUGACCUGGAUGUUCCUGUCCACCACUACAAGGUCAGCUGGAGCUGGACCGCAGUGGGACAGCCCUCUGCUUCAUCCCUGACCAAGAGGAGGAAGACUGUCAGAGAGAGCCAGGUGGAACUGGACAGCAUGAGGUCUAACAGGAACUACAGUGUGGAGGUCCAGGCUGUUUCCUACUGGGGACAAACUCAGCUGAAAGGACCGCGAGCAGUCCUUCACUUCAGCACCCAGCGUGCCUCCAGUCCUGCACCACGAAUCCCUUCAGGUGACAUACUGGAUGUGGGGACGCCAUUCUACCAGGAUGGACAGCUUCACGUUCAUGUUUACUGGCAGAGCAGCACAGAUCCUUCAGUUGAAUUCUACAGAAUCCAGUGGGGACCAGAGUACUGUGGACACAACCAGACCAGACCUGCAGAGAAGACAAUCACACAGGAGAGCUUCGUCAGCCUGCAGGGUUUGCUCUUCUCUUGUAAGUAUAAAGUCGUUCUGCAGCCGGUCAGUAAGAAGAGUCGUCCUCUGGCAGAAAGCACCAGCUUCUUCACUCCGUCCUGCGCUGCCAUCCAGGCCAAGAGUCCCAAACCCAUCACCUGCACUGGAGAAAGUGUGACCCAGCAGAAGGUCCUGGUGAAGGCAGCCAACCUGACAGCAUCAUUUGAGGUCAGAGGAGGCAAUGUGACAGCCAUCUUUAGCUGGGAUUUGUCCUCGUCCCCUCUGUACCAGCAGCUCACCGGCUAUCAGGUGACCUGGGCGGAGGUCAUCUCCACCACCCGCCACAACAACAACAAGCUGCCUCACAGCCUCAUCUCCCAGUCCCAGAUCUUACCUCCGGAUGGUAAUGUUCUGGUGGUGUCAGGUCUGCACCCUGCCAGUCUCUACAGGCUGGAGGUCCAGGCCAUCACAGCAGAAGGUGAAGGUCCUGCAACCAGCAGAUCAUUCCAGACUCCUGGAUACCAACGUAGCCUGAAGCACAGAAGCAAGCUGAGGAAGUAUCACCACGAACAGCCCAUCAUUGAGAGGCACUGA